AUUCCAGGAAAAAAAACUGACACAUUAGUGAGGUAAAAAUGGAUAGUCGAAUACGUAAACAUCAACGACAUUAACAUCAAAUCAAAACCUUAAAUAUUGAUUAUUAAUUACAUUAACUAUUGUAAAUAAACGAUUUUUGAUAUUUUUUUACCUAUUGUUAAUUAAAUUACGAUUAUUUUGAAGAAUUUCCAAAAGUAAUAUCGCUUAGAAAAUGGUAGAUAUUAACGCAUCUGAGGACUGUUUACAUAAUACAACCACUUUAAUGAAAAGGUUGCAAUUAUUGGAAAAAGUUUCUGAAACAGAAUUUUUAAGAGAAAAGCAUAUCAAGUUUAGUCUCCGUGUUCUUGGAGUCUUACCAAUAAGAUAUAAGUUUUUAGAUUCUACCAGAUUGGUGAUGGCUUUUUUUGCAAUAUCUACUCUCGAUCUUUUAGAUGCUUUAGAUCAAAUAGAAAGUGAAAGAGAAAAAUUAAUUGAAUGGAUAUAUGCUUUACAAGUUGUACCAACUGGGAAUGAAACUGAAAAGAUAGAUUUUGGUUUUCGUGGUUCAUUUACUUGCAUAGCUGGAGAUGAUGUUAAUUCUGACUUUUGUGAUAAAGCUAACCUUGCAAUGACGUACACAGCAUUAUCUACAUUAGUAAUACUUGGAGAUGAUUUAUCGAGAGUUUGCAGGAAAGAUAUUUUGUCCAGCUUGCAUGAUUUACAACUUUCAGAUGGAAGCUUCCGACCCAUGAAUCUUGAAUGUGAAAAUGAUAUGAGGUAUGUCUAUUGUGCUUCAUGUAUUUGUUACAUCCUGCAAGAUUGGUCUCAUAUAGAUGUACAAAAAACAGUACAAUACAUCAAAAAGAGUAGGAAUUACGAUGGAGGAAUAGGACAAGGGCCUGGUUUAGAAUCACAUGGAGGUUCUACCUUCUGUGCUGUUGCAUCUCUUUAUUUGAUGGGAGAAUUGGAGAAGGCGUUUUCACUCACAGAAAUGAAUGCUCUGAGGCGGUGGCUCGUUUUCCGUCAAAAUCAAGGAUUUCAAGGGCGACCCAAUAAACCAGAAGAUACAUGCUACACUUUCUGGAUUGGAGCCAUUCUCAAAAUUUUAGAUUCUUAUGAGUUUGUGAAUGUUCCUGAAGUUUUAAAGUUUGUUCUUUCAACUCAGGAUAGCAUUGUGGGUGGAAUGUCUAAAUGGAUUGACGACUCUCCCGAUAUGCUUCAUACCUAUCUAAGCAUCAGUGGAAUAUUACUGUUCAACAAGAACUUACCACCUUUAGUUCAUCCUGCGCUGAACAUCAGUGAACGAGCGGCUCAUUCGUUGUCUCACAUUCAUAAACAAUGGAUGCUCCAAAGUUGAUAGAAUACAUAUAUCAUUUUAAAUUUCCAUACACAAGCUUUAAAAAAAUAUAAAAUGUGAGGAGUUUUUUUUUUUUAACUUUAAUGGUUGGAGUGUAUUAAAACUUGGUAAAUCCAUAUUGGAAAAGUUUUAGAAUAAGUUUUAAAAAAAGAUGGAGCUUCAAAUAAAAGUCAUCAGCAACAGGGAUGUACAGAAGAUUCUGAAAAUACAUUUUGAUGGAUUUGACAUGUUUUAAUAUCCAAAGACACAAUUAUUUUCAUUUCUGUUAAAAAUGAAAUAUUAAUCCAUAAUUUAUUUAAAUAUAAAUAAAGUUAUUUUUCUAAA